GGAUCUAGAUACUAUAGACUCAAAUCAGCUGGAGCUAUUAAACAUCAACUGCUACGUCACCAUGUGUGCGUUAUUAUUGAGCGUAUGGAGUGGAGUCAGUUGUAGUCGAGGUAUCAUACGCAGUUCAUCGUCAGUCGUCAAUCUAUUAAGACGCAAAAGUUCGAUUUGCGUGACAGAUAAGAUGACGAAUGACGAAUCAGUAUAUGAUCCACAUUUGCGUCACUUAUUCGAUGGACCUACAUCCUUCAAUGUUUAUAAAAAAGACAUUGUUAACUUGUCCGUGGGAGCGCCGGGACCUGACCUACUCAAGAAUUGCGGAAAGAUGAUGCUGAAGGCGACUGAGCAUCGAACGGUCGAAGAAGAGAAAGAGGGAAUGCAUUAUCUUUUCCAGUAUGGAGUGACUGCAGGUCUGUGGGAAUGUCGAGAAGAACUCUCAAAGUUCCUAACACGACGUUAUCAAGAUACAUCCGUCAAAAGAGAAAAUCUCGUGUUGACUUGUGGCGCAACUCACGGAUUGCAGUUAUUAUUGACAACAAUCUUAUCACCGAAUGGAGUUAUUUUCGUUGAGGAAGUUACUUACAUGAUCGCUCUCGAUGUCUUCAGGCAAUUCCCAUUCAUGAGAAUCGUUGCAAUUCCUAUGGAAGAUAAAACAGUUGAUCUCGAGGCUUUCGAUAGAAUCGUCACAGAGGAAAAAGGGAAGGCCAACUAUUAUUUGAAUGAUCAGAAGAUUUUUUGGGGAGUGUUUUACACUAUUCCAACUUAUCAUAAUCCUACUGGGAUGGUCCUUGCACCAGAUAAAUGUGAAAAGCUCGUUGAAAUAGCAAGAAAAAAUUCAAUAGCAAUUGCUUGUGAUGACGUUUACAAUCUUCUCCACUACAAAGAAGGUCCUCCACCGAGACGAUUACUGGCAUAUGAUUCACCAGAGGAUUCAAAUUAUAAAGGAGGUAAUGUGAUAUCGAAUGGAUCGUUUUCAAAGAUCCUGUCACCAGCUAUUCGACUAGGAUGGAUCGAGGGGCCUCCACGAGUCAUCAAAAUUUUGCGCACAUCAGGAAUUUUGCUUAGCGGAGGAGCACCUAAUCACUAUGUUUCUGGAGUCAUUACCAGUCUCCUUGAACUCAAAUAUGCAGAUGAACAUUUGGAUUUACUACGAACGACAUAUGCUGAACGUUUAGCAGCAGUUUGUGAUACUUUAGACCGUUACCUUCCCCGGUGCUGCAGCUAUAGUAAGCCAGAGGGAGGAUAUUUCAUCUGGAUUACCCUCCCACCAGAUUGUGAUGCAUCUGAAUUCAUGAAAUGGUGCAACGACAAGUAUAAAGUAGCUGCAAUACCAGGUGCAAGAUUUUCCAACACUGGAGAGUCUAAAAAUUUUAUGAGACUCAGUAUUUCAUUCCAUUCAGUUCAAACACUGAGAGAUGCUACACAGAAGUUGUGCGAGGGAUUACUCACCUACGUAAGGAACCACAUGAAGCCCUAGCUAUCCACAUCCUUGUAUUUUUGGAAUAAAAAAAUUAUACAAACCAAA